CAGGAGCAGUCACUCCCAGUGAGACUUGGGCCCAUGGCCAGGUGCCAGGAGAGCAUGUUCCUAAUUGUCUCCUCAAAGACAAGCCCUGGGGCCCUCAUCCCUGGCUGGGCUCCAGCUCCUAUUGGACAUACUGCUGCUGGGAGUCUCUCAGCAAAGCUGUCCCCAGACUAAUCUCCUUGGGGAGUGUGGGGACAAAUAGAUCCCUGCUAUUUACUCUCUGUGAUUGAAUUUGCAUUACAAGGUUAUAAGGAAAGCGAAAACUCAAAACGAGCUGCAUAUUUAGUUGAUGACUGUUUUUAGGGCUGAUAUGUGUAUGGACAAGUUUGAACUCAAUGGAUUGGACAAAGGAGAUGACCUCAAACGGAACUCUGUCCAAUUUUACAUGAAGAAAGAUGAUCGGUUUAAAAAUGCCCUUUUCUAGGUGUUUAAAGCAUACUGUACAUUGUCUGGAGUGGAUACCCACCCCGUCCAUUACCACCCACCUGGUGGGUUGAAUGCUAAAGCUUCUAUAUAGUCUGUUCCAGCAUGUUGCAUACCAUAUUCCUGUCAAAAGCCCUCAUCCUUAGGGGAUGCUCAUCCAAGAAUGUUCAGUGAUAUACUAUUCACCUGCCCUUCACAGGCAAAGCCCAGGGAAUGAUUUAUGAGCGAAGCCCUCAGUGAAGCGGUAAAAUCUCAACAAAAAAAACGAGGGCUCGAUAGCACGACACUCAAAGAUAAAAACUGAGAUCAGUCCUUGCCAGGCAAUUUAACAGCCAUGCUAAGUGAAGCCUUGGUGUGGAGAAAAACAUCCAUCCAGUGUGAAGGCAACAUGAGUCAGGUUGGCUGAGAUUCUGGAAAGACAUCAGUCCCUAGUUGCCUGGGGGACAGAGGUAUCACUCCUGACACUUUUGUGGGAGUAGAGUGCCUGUCGGGCAGACGCUGUCCUGCCUGUGAGCCCAGCUACCUUCAGUGACGUGAGCCGCCUCCCCAGCGAAUGGGUAGCCAGGGAGGGCAGCUGCCCCCUUACAGGGCCCUAGUGUAUAUAAAACCCUGGGAGUCUGUAUGCCUGUGACUAUAGCACUCUGAGCUUGGACACCCCAGCUUUGAGGCUGCUGCUGCUAAAAUGGCUGAGACUAACCUGAGAAUCAGUGGGGGGGCGGUGAGAUUCGGGGCCACCUAUGGGGGCAACAGGCUCUUCUCUGGGGGCAGGAGCGGUGGAGGUGGCGGCGGAGGGGCCGGCAUGGCCCUCUCCAGGUCUUUUGGAAUGGGCGGGGGUGGAAGAGCGGGACUCGGUAUGAGAGGAGGGCUCGGGAUGGGGCUAGGCAUGGGGAUGGGAAUGGGGGGAGGCCUUGGGAUGGGAAUGGGGGGAGGUCUGGGGAUGGGAAUGGGGGGAGGAGGAGGUGGAGGCGGUCUUGGGAUGGGAAUGGGUGGACGUGCCCUGGCUCUAGGAGCCGGCGGUGGAGGGGUCAGUGCAGCAGGGUUCAGGGCUGGCGUGGCCCCACUCAGGGCUCGCUUGGGCGGCCGGGUCUUCAAGAUCGGAGGCUAUGGCUUCAACCCGUCUUUCCUGAGCUCCACCACUGCAGUGGGUGGUGACGUGGGUGUCAGCCCUGUGCCAAGCAUCGACCCCUCGCUACCCUCGCUCGACACAGUCCAGGUGACCCGCCUAAAGGAGAAGGAGGAGCUGCAGGUCCUCAAUGACAAGUUUGCCACCUUCAUUGACAAGGCUCGCUCUCUGGAGCAGACCAACGCUGUGCUGAGGGCCAAGAUCGCCAUGUUCACCAACCCGGACCAGAGCGGCCCUGCCAACACCUCCAUCCUGCUCACCUCUGCCAUCGGUACCUACAAGAUCCAGAUUGAUGGCCUGUCCGCCACCAAGGAGGCCAUCGUUGCUGAGAUUGAGCACUACAAGAGCAUCAUCGAAGAUGUCCAGAGCAGGUUUGAGGAGGAGACAGUCCAAACCAAGUCAUUAGAGAUGGACUGGACCACAUUAAAAGAGGAGGUAGACAAUCUCUACAUGAGCAUUUUUGAGCUUCAAACCAACAUUGGCGGACUGGAAGAUCACAUUGGUCUCUCAAAGCAGGUGUAUGAUGCUAAAGUGAAGGAGGUGAGGAACAUCGUGACGGGCAGUGUGAGGUCAGCCUUCUCCAUCUCGGUGGACAACGCGGCCCAAGCCCAGGACCUGACCUCUGCUCUGUCGGACGUCAAGUCCCACUAUGAAGCCCUGGCCCAGCGCAGCAAGCAGGACGCCCUUCUUUCUGUGCAGGACAGUCUCUCCAUGAUGUCCAUGACGUCCCAGCCCAGUACCCAGACUCUGACCCAAACCAAAGAGGAGCUGCGCAUGUACAAACUGCAGAUCGACUCAGUACAGAGGGAGAUCGAUAGACUCAAGACCCUGAACAUCCAGAUGGAAUCUCAGGUGGAUGAGGCAGAGUCCCACUCCAGCUCCCACACAGAGACCUAUCAGGAGCAGGUUCUGACCCUCAAGUUGCAGCUGGAUGACAUCAGAAAGCAAAUAACACACUAUGGUCAAGAGUACCAGGAACUCCUGGCCAGUAAAAUGUCUCUAGAUGUUGAGAUCACUGCAUACAAGAAGCUUCUGGACAGUGAGGAGAACAGACUGAAGUCAGGAGGAGGCGUGACCGUGCACAUGUCUAAGACUGCCAUUGGAGGAGGGGGAGGUGGAGCUGGGCUGGCCCUGGCCCUGGGAGGAGGUGGAGGGGGAGGCGGCGGCGGCGGCGGCGGCGGCGGCGGGGCUGGCAUGGCCCUGGGAGGAGGAGGCGGCGGUGGCUACAGAAUGGGCAUGGGCGGAGGCGGCUUUGGAGGGGGUCUGGGCAGUGGCUUUGGAGGUUUUGGAGGAGGUCUGGGGUUAGGAGGAGGUGGAGGGUCCUUCGGAGGUGGAGGGUCCUUCGGAGGUGGAGGGUCCUUCGGAGGUGGAGGGUCCUUUGGAGGCGGGAGCAGCUACAUGUCCUCCAGCCUGAGCAGCAGUGGACUCUCUUCAACAGUGUACUGAGGACAAACAGGACAAACCAGAGAAUCUCCAGCGGUUUGAGAUGGAACCAGGCUGAGAUGAAACCCUGUUUUGGCAGAAUUACUAAGAAAAAUCAACAGUCUCAGAUUCUGUUGUGUGACUUGCCAUACUCAAUGUAACAUGUUUUAUAUCAAUAAAAGCAGUGUUAUUUCA